AAGAAUGAGCUUCAUCUUCUUCCUUCCUUCCCGCUCUCUCUCUGUCUCUGUCUCUGUUCUCUGUUACUGUGAAAUGAGAGAGAAUUCCAGUCCAUGAACAGAGCAAUAGAAUUGCUUUUGGUUUAAGAAAUUAAUUCUUUUUCACCACACAAACACACACACACACACCGCAAAAUCCCCACCUCCCAAACAAACUGAACUCUGAAUUUCAUCAUUUAAAUAAUACUGUUCUUGGCCUUCUCGCCUCAAUUCAGAAUAACCCUCUUUCGUUCUCAAUCUCAAUUUCCAGACCUUUCUUUCUCCUUUUGUGUUAAUACAACAAUGUUGGGUCUCCGUGAUGUUCUAUUUAUAGCACCGACGCCUUCUUCUCUUCACCAACAUACCCAAAUCAUUUCUUCUGAUCAUCACCCAUCUCUUCCUCUGCCCUCCUCCACCGCUCUUGGCGUCAGCGUCGGUAUUUUCCCCCUUCUUGCUGCAACCCCAUGUCUCCAGCCGCCGCCUAAUCAGAUGCCUGAUGAAGUUAGUGAUCGUAGUCGGAGUUUGGAGAAUCUAAAGAGAACCCAGGAUUUUGGGUUUGGGAAAGGGGAUUCGUUGAUCGGCGGUGGUGGAAAUCAUGGCUACGACGACCAAGUGAAAGGCGAUGGUGGCGAUGGUUCUCUGGGUGUGUGUAGAGACUGUGGAAACAGAGCAAAGAAGGAGUGCGAGUAUCGGAGGUGUAGGACUUGUUGUAAAGGACGUGGGAAUCAUUGCUCUACGCACGUGAAGAGCACGUGGGUGCCGGCAUCUCGCCGCCGUGAGCGGCAGAUGUUGGUGGUGAUGGAUGGCGUCGCCACUAGUGGGUCUUCUGGUUCUUCUUCUGCUGGUGCUAAAAGGCCUAAAGUCUUGAUUCCCUCACAGACUACCGCCGCCGCUUCCACUUCCAACGCCACCACUCCCCGGAGCUUCGAAACAACCUCUAGUCAUCAAGAUGCAAGCUUCAAGAAGUCGUUACCGGGGCAAGUUCGGGCUCCAGCCGUGUUCAAGUGCCAUAGAGUGACAGCCAUUAGCAGUGGUGAAGGUGAGUUAACUUACCAAGCAACAGUCAACAUUGGUGGCCAUGUCUUCAAAGGAUUUCUUUAUGAUCAAGGAGCUGAUGUUAAAAAUGCACUCCCAUCUAUUUCACAACUCCAUUUGGAAAGUGGUAAUCACCUCAGGGAUUAGACACAUUCCUGCUCUCUUUUCUAUCACUCUCCUCUUCCUCCCUGCUGAGGAUCACCUGAAAACUCGUUCUCGGCCACCCGAAAAUAUCACAUCUCUACUAGAUUUCAGUGAUCUGCUAUGUUAUCUAUAAGUUCUAUAUAGUUUUCAUGAUGAAAUGCAAUGAAUCUGCACUAAAUAGAACACCAAAGUGCAUAGUUGUAAUAGGAUCUUCUGUUCUAUAGUUUUUGUAGCCCCUUAAGCUAAGAUUUCUCAAGUCCAAUCUUAGUUGGAUACUGAUCUUCUGUAUAUUACUGCUAAGAAGAUGUGUAACUUUCAUCUACCUUGUCCUAUCUCUUCUUUGAUUGUCUA